AAAGGAAGGGGUGGGACUUCAAGGUGUGAAAAGGAUUUUCAAUAAAUAAAACUAAAUAUUGGAUAUAAUCUCUAGCUUUUACCAUGUUGUCCUAAUAUAUCCAGAUUUAAAAAUGACACUUGAGGUCAAUUUUAGAUAAUACUAUAACACCAUAAAUGGUUGAAAAUAUUCACGUAUUUUUCAUGAAGCCACCUGGGCACGACUAAUCCACUCCAGAGCUCUCCAUAGCCCCAACGUCAGGAUUAGUAAAAAAAUAAAUAAAUAAAUAAACUCAUUUAGUUUCAGCAGAACAGUUUUACAACAGGAUCUCAGUUCAUCUGUAUUGUGGAUGCACACUAAAGCAUGUGUUAUCUGACCCACUGGGCCAGCACACAAAGGACCUUUUCCGAACACUUCAAAGUGAAACAGAGGCUGCCCCUUUGUGCUCAGGAGUCAUUAGAAUAAGGUAAAGAAAAUUGUAAAAAAAAAAUAGCUAUUGGGAUCUUGAAGGGAGAUUCAAUAUUUAAUCUUUUACUCAACAUCAAUAAUUUAGGGCAAACCCUCCUGGAAAACUAAAUUCCAGGUUGAACUGUUUUCUCUCCGCCUGUUUAUUCAACAGUGAUCAGUGACUAAGUCCCACUGAGGAUCUGCCAGGAGCAUUCAAUCUGCUUAUUCAAGUCUCAGCCAAGCCUUCUCGAGAUGACCAGCUUUUAGCGCCCUCCGCGUACACACAAUACAUCACCCAUUAAAGGUUAAUGCUCAACUGUCCACUGCACACUAGUCUCCUGGAUACAGCUCUGGGUCAAAUGACAGAAGAGAACAGAAGAAACACUUUCCCAACAACUGGGUUCACAUAAUAACAGAUACGUUCAAGAAUGUUGUGCAGAAUCCUACCGUUCCUGAAGCCAUUGCACACAGCACAAGAUUAACACAGUACAAAGGGAAACUGGAAGUGGUGGAAAUAACUAACCAGAUUUGAUGCAUUUCUGGACUGACCUUGGACUGGUUGGAGCAAUGCCGCAUAACCCAUUAAGAUCUGAGGUAGCCUCCACAAGGGUAAGCAGGUAUGGCCAUAUAUGCCAUCAGGUCUUAAUGGGUGAAAUACACGGUUGGUAGCAGGGAAAGAACCAGCCUAAUGCUUUAUCUAACGGAGGCCUUCAAAAAGCUGAGGCAGAGACGAGAAAAAAGUAUUCUUUGGUUCUGUGGAGGCAGCUCCAUACGCACAUGCUGUGCGGGUCAGGAGGAGUGCAUGUGCUUUUUGGUGCUCAGCGGGGAAGCAGACAACAAGGAUCGCCACUGUUUGUGACGAUGGCUUUGGUGUUCUGCCUGCGAUGAGUUGGAGCCUCGUUUAUUUUGAGCUCAAACGUGGAAGUGAAAGCGGCUGGUGCUGCGGCGAUCACACCACAGUGUCCAGGGACAAUGAUGGACAUUGGAAAAACCCUACAGUCCUACCAACACUCCGUAGAAGGCAUGACUGGAACUGGAAGACUGGAGUAAGUCCUCACUCCACCUAUUUAAUGAGGUCACCGCGAUGCUGACAUCCCCCCCGAAUCCAAAGACGUCACCAUGCUGAAGAUGGAAGCCUCGGGAGAGAGGACCAGCCUCCGGAGUGCCUCCCCUCACCGUAAUGCCUACCGUGCUGAGUUCCAGGCACUGAAGAAAGCCUUUGACCAGCCUCGGAGUGAUGGAGACUCAAAGCCCAAAGACCUCGAGCGAGGGAAACAGCCGAGGGGUCGUCAGUAUGGCGCCCAUGUCAGCCGCAUUAAGGACAUGUUCAUGCAAAUGGGCUCGGAGAACGCUACAGCUAAAGCCAGGGGUCGGGACGAGUCCUCACCUCAGAAGCUGAUGAAACCCACCAACUUCAUCAACAAAGCUGAUGGGUCAGUGAUAAAGCUCCAGCAUUCUGCGUCAGCGGAGAGGAUUGGAGGUGCCGGAGCGAAGUUCUCAGAAACCAGGAGGCUGUUUGAGCAGCAGUCCCGCGAUCAGUCCCAGUCACCAGUCUUUCCCUACGGACGGGACAAGAGGGGCUCCCAUGAGCACCUUGACGACUGGCGAGGAGCGAGGUCCAACCGAGGCAGCACAGACUCCUUGGACUCCCUUUGCUCCAGAACUGAAGCGUCUUCGCCAACUGUCAGUCAGCUGAGUGCCGUCUUUGAAAAUGCCGACCACCACAACCAGGGAGCUCCUUACAGAGGAGUCAGCAGACGAGGUCUCUACUCACCAGACGGAUCCAAUCGCCACGGGGGCGACCUCAGUGAGGAUGAGUCACGACAGUCUCCCGUUCAUGGAACCUGCCGAAACAAGCUGGAAGGAAAGUUUCCCAUGUCCUCAUCCUCUGAGGACCUUCUGAGCCCUAGUCCUGGACCAGACAGUCUGGAAUCCAAAACAGAGGUCCCCCGAGACAUCGAGCUCCUGAAGAAAAACAAGCAACAUUUGCCUGGGACUACAAUUGGUGAAAGCCAGAUCAAUGGGUCUUAUGAAGAAGAGGUUAAACCUUCAGACUCAAAGCAUUCAGAGGACCAAAAGGUCCUCAAAGCCUCAAAACCUUCACAUGGUGCUGUGAUUACCGAUAAAACAUCUGAAAAUGCUGCUGGGGAGCUGCUGGACACCACAGCUUCUGCGGAUUCAAAGGAAGACAGACCACCCGAAUCUCCUAAGAACCAGAGGGAAGAACCUGAGGAGGAAUACGCUGGGAACGAGAGAGUGAUUUUCAAUGCAGAUGGAGACGCCUGCUAUCAGGGCUGGGGGGAGAGCUGCACAGACCCUGAGGAUGACCUGUACGGUGAUGACGAUGAGGAGGAUGAUAUAGUCUAUGACCCCGGCUCAGAUCUGACAGAGAUCCCCGGUCUGCCGCAAGAAAGCAAAGAAGACGUCCCUCCGAAGAGGAAGAUUCGCUUCAGCACCGCUCCCAUCACAGUGUUCAACACUUACUCCAAUGAGGAUUACGACCGCCGGAAUGAGGAGGUGGAUCCGGUGGCCUCGUCUGCCGAGUACGAGCUGGAGAAGAGGGUGGAGAAACUGGAGCUCUUCCCCGUGGAAUUGGAGAAAGAUGAAGAAGGCCUUGGGAUCAGCAUCAUUGGCAUGGGUGUGGGUGCUGACGCAGGCUUGGAGAAGCUUGGCAUAUUUGUCAAGACUGUCAUUGAGGGGGGAGCUGCGGAGAGAGACGCCAGGAUCAUGGUGAACGACCAGAUUGUGGAGGUGGACGGAACCAGUUUGGUGGGAGUGACCCAGAGCUUUGCUGCGUCUGUCCUCAGAAACACAUCAGGAGUGGUUCGGUUCGUGAUUGGCCGAGAGCGUCCAGGUCAGCAGAGUGAGGUGGCCACGCUCAUCCAGCAGACCUUGGAGCAGGAGAGAAGACAGAGGGAGCUGCUGGAGCAACAGUACGCCCAAUAUGAUGCUGACGAUGACGAGCAGACGGGAGAGUACGCCACAGAUGACGAGGAGACGGGAGCAACAACUGCCAGCGCAGAGAAGAACAUCGAGGUGUUUGACUUACCAGAAACCGAAGACAUCCUGUCCCCGUCUGAGUUAGACGCCACAAAACUCUACCAGAAGUUCAGAGAGCUCCAGAUCAAACACACAGUGACCGAGGCUGAGAUCCAGAAGCUCAAGAGCAAGCUUGCAUCAGUGGAGAGGGAAAAGCAGCGCUGGGAGAAGGAGAAGAGCCAGCUGAAAGCCAGCAUUGAGGAGAACAAGGAGAGGAUGCUGAAGUUGGAGAGCUACUGGAUUGAGGCACAGACGCUCUGCCACACCGUGAACGAGCACUUAAAGGAGGCCCAGGCCCAGUACCAGACCCUGGAGAAGAAGUACAACAAAGCAAAGAAACUCAUCAAAGACUUCCAGCAGAAGGAGGUGGAGUUCAUCCAGAAAGAGGAUGCAGAAAGGAGGCGGCUGGAGGAGGCGGAAAAAGCUCAUCUGGCUGAAAUCCAGGGACUUCAAGUGAGGAUUGCAGCACUGGAGUCGGAGCUGAUGCAGCUGAUGAAACAGAAUGGCAUCCAGGUCAACAACAACAACAGCAACAGUUCUGAGAGGCUGCGGACUCAGCAGCACAGCCCCAGCAGAGGUGCAACACAAGCCACAGAUCUGCAGGGGGGCUCUCCAAACUCACCAAGCAAAAAGGGCUGCAGUUCCACAGAAGGAGAGGGCUACAAAGGGAGUCACAUUGAUGCAGGAGCAGCAGGCUGCAGACCGCCUGGCAGUGCAGAGGGCUCCCCACAAAAUACACUGCAUGGUUUCCAGACUUCAGUCAUGUUAAACCCCUCUCACAAACAGGGGCUGGAACCAGACUCCUCCCUCAGGAAAACCAAAGACAAGGACUCCAGAUCUGCAAACAGCUCCGCAGAGCCAUCAGCGGAGAAAAGUCCACAGAAGCUCAAAGCAAAGGCGCCAAGUUUGAGCGAAGAUGUGAGCGCGAGCAGCAGCAGCAGCUCGGUGGAGAUCAGCGGUUUGCUCAGUGAGGCCAGGAGGUCACGUGGCCUGCAGCUCUCCUCUGACGAGAGUCUGGAUAUGAUAGAUGACGAGCUCUUAGACGAGCUGCAGUUUUCAAAGCAGCCUCAGUGGCAGAACCGCAGCGUUUCAGACUGGACUUCACAGGAGGUGGCCCGCUGGCUCAUGGGCCUCUGCUUAGAGCAUUUGGUUCCAGAAUUCACUGCCAAAAAUGUGGACGGAGAACAGCUUUUGCAGCUGGACAGCUCGGAGCUUAAGGCCCUUGGAGUGUCUUCCUCCCAGGAUCGUACUGUCAUAAAGAAAAAGAUCAAAGAUCUUAAAGUUCUCAUGGAGAAAGCCAGAAGGAACCAGGAGAAAAUGGAGAAGCAGCGUGAGAAGCAACGGAAGAAAGAGCUGGAGCAGCAACAGAAAGAUGGUGAAAAAGGAAAUGCGACAGAGUGAGGAGAAUCCUCUCCCUUUUCUGUAGCACCAAACCUAGUAGCAUCUUUCUGAAGAAAAAGACAGCAGGUCCCGGGAAUGAACCUCCUACUGUUGGAGCUGCACCUGCGACAGUCAGAAGUUGUGAAUAUCCUGUUCACCCAGCAAGUUAUACCAAAAUAAGACUUUGGACAAUAGAAUGCUGCCCGUCAUCUGGCCUCAUGUUAAGCCCCCUGUGUUUUUAACCGCCUCUGAACUUUGUGGUUUAUUUAUUUUGCUGUUUAUAGCUGUAAAUUGGGUUUAUUUAUUCUCAUAUCCAGAUUAAAUAUAAGAAAAGCUCAUCCUUUUUUCCAUAUCAUCGUCAGAGACAUUUCUGUUAGCCACCUCAGCAGCAGUGGACGUGAAAAUCUACAGGGAUAAAUACAAAUGAUGAAAGAUGACGUGCCAUGUCAGUAGGUGUUUGUACAUACAGAUGAAGCGCUGACCUAUUGCUUUAACACCACAAGGAUAGGUCAGCCCUGUGUGGUGCAGAUUAGGGGGCAGUUUUCAUCUCCCACCACUAGAUGUCCUCAUGCUGCUUAGUUUCAUCCCUGAAGGAAACAUCUCUGGGACUCAGUGAGAAGACUGGGAGCGCAAAAAUCCUGUAAAUGUCCGUGCAGGAUGAAGCUUCUCCUACAGUAUUAAUAGGGAUUCUGAAUUUACUGAACUGGGUCUCGUGGGGAUUUUCGGGUACUAUGUCAUUUCUAACUUGUCUAACCAAUAAUGCAAAACAAAAACAAAGGAAAAAAAAGCUCCUAAAAUUCAACAUCCUCUUCUUAUAAUCAAUGAUGUUGCUUUUGCUUAACUUGUAACCUGCAAUAGAGAUCGUUUUAUAAAAAAAAUGUAAACCCUGCUGCUGCCUUUAGGAAAUGGAGUUGUACCAACCUGAGCUCUGCCUGCUUCUUAGUGUUCUGUGCAUUGAAACACAAAUUUAGCGAUUUAGGUGUUUUUUGUUUUUUCGCUGAAAGACAGCUUUUGUGGGAUGAUAAAGAGGCAAUAGUGUAAAAAAAUUUAUUGUACCAGAUCGUUUAAUAAUGAAAAAACGCUCACUAUUAAUGCAGAGUACUUUAAUCUAAUUGUUUUAUUGCUUAAUUUAAGACUUUAAUUAUUCUAAUUACCUUUUUUUUGACUGUUUUAAAGACUUUUUUUUUGCUUAAGAGUUCUUUAAAUAAGUGAGAGGUGCACAACCCAUAUUUAUGAUCUGAUCGGUUUAUAAUUUGUGUAGAAAUACCAGUCACCGUCACAGAAAUGAGGUUACCUUUUUUAAGUCCUUAUUUGUCUUAAGAAGCCCUGCUGUUAAGCUGCUGGUAAGUAAACAACUACAGUUUACUUCUCAAUAAAUACCAUGCAGCACAACAAGUGUACCUGAUCAGAAAUAUGUCAUUUUUACUAUAUUUUUCAAAGCAACUGACAAUUGUUUAUUGUAACGUAUUGAAAUUAAGAGUUUUAUUGACUUUAAUAAUUUAUUUGCCAAAAAAACAAUAUAAUCCUUUCAUUUAUUAAUUCAUGUGGAUGUUAUGAAGGAUGUAAUGUUAGUUUAGAGAGAACUUUUGCCCCAUCACAUGUUUUUUCCAUAUAAUUCCAUCCUUGCACUGCUUCCAUGUAACUCCAAUAAACUGCUCCAGAUGUGUUCUUCUGAAAUAUUUUGUAACUCCCUGUGAAUAACCCGUCACAGUCAGAGGACUGCACUCUUUUGUAUGUAAACACAGAGCAAUAUGCUGUACGAACCCUCCAAAAGCCUUGUUUUUUAUCGGGUGUUUGCAGAGACUAAUAGAGAUUCCACUGUUUUUCUUUAGGUGUUGUAUCCUACUUCCCUUAUGCUUACCAGUGUGUGGGUGUGUGUGUGUGAGUGUAAGUGUGUGUGUGAGCAUCUGACAAAGGCACACCUUUCGAGUCAUGUGGAAACAAGGUCAAAUUUUGUGUAAAAAGAGCGAAUGCUAAAUGCCACCAACUUCUAGCCAUGCUUUCACUUUUCAAAAGCUUUUCUAACUCCUCCUCUUCUUCCUCUUCCUCCUCCUGUCAUUCUGCCUUGCUGUCUUUUUCGCAAUCAGAAAUAUUUUAAAGGUCAGCCAACUGUCACUGAAUAAAAUGUGCAGUCACUGUCCA